AUGAUUUGAAUAAUCAAAAUCAAAAUCAUUGGUGGUCACUGUUGAGAUAGAAACUAGCUAGAGUGUUGUUUUUGUUUAACUAAGAAUGGGACAAGUGUCCAUUUUGCUUCGUUGUACUGAUUUAAUAGCCUAGAUUGCUUGCUGCUGAUACCUGUCCUUUGAACGUGUAAGCAUUGUAUGCUUACCUUAAUGUUAUGUUAAACACUUGGUGAUCUUGUACAAGUGUUAAUCCUGCAUUUUAUGUAUAUAUGAAUGUAUCUUUCCUCAGUUAAUGGAUGAUCGAUAUUAACCAAGUUCCUCUGUUUUUUCCAUUGUCUUUUACUUUUCUUCUCUGCAUAUAUGAUACUUCAGUUGUGAAUUAACAAAUAACAGUCACCACGUGCGUAGAGGGUAGGAAACCCAAUGUUUCCAAUCUUUUGACCCUUCUGAGUUCUGAUGUUUCCAAAGGAUAAGAAGAAUCUGUCAAAAAACCUGCAGCGCUGCGAUGCCUGACUCAACCUCUGAAUCAAUUUCUGCUCCUCAUCCAAGAAAGCGGCUAUGGCCCUUCACUCUUGUUUUGUCAACGAUGGUUCCUGUACUUGCAGCUGUGCUUGCCUACCAGCUUGACUCAUUCGAUCCAGCUCCUAUACCCAUCCACGAAUUGGCUCAGGCCCCCAUCGCUGCCUCGUUGCGCAACGAUCGCAUGCUACAAGGAGCAGAGUUAGUGGGUGCAGGGAAGUUGCAGGGACCAGAGGAUAUCGCAUAUGAUUCCAAGUCAAGGCUCAUCUACACGGGUUGCUUAGAUGGGUGGAUCAAGCGAGUCAGGUUGAACGAUUCGACCGUGGUAAAUUUGGUCAACACCAACGGCAGACCGCUAGGAGUCGCUCUUGGACACAAUGAUGAAAUAAUCGUAGCUGAUGCUUUCAAGGGACUGCUGAAUAUAAGCAGAGAUGGUGAGGUGGAGCUGCUAACAGAUGAGGCUGAUGGCCUGAAAUUCAAAAUUACAGACGGUGUAGAUAUAGCAGAUAAUGGUAUGAUAUAUUUUACAGACGCUUCAUACAAAUAUGACUCGAAUGAUCACUUACUGGACAUGCUGGAGGGUAAGCCUCAUGGUCGAUUUAUGAGCUUCGAUCCAGUUACCAGAAAAACCAGAGUGUUGGUCAGCAAUCUUUACUUUGCUAAUGGAGUUGCAGUAUCACCACGUCAAGAUUCUGUAAUCUUCUGUGAAACAACAAUGAGAAGGUGUAGAAAGUAUUACAUACAGGGCAACCAACAGGGACAGCUGGAGAAAUUUGUUGAUCAAUUACCAGGCUUCCCUGAUAAUAUCAGAUAUGAUGGAGAUGGCCACUAUUGGAUUGGAUUGCCCUUGGAGACUUCGGCUACUCUUGAUUUAGCACUCAGGUAUCCUUUCAUCCGAAAGGUUAUGGCGAUCAUGGAGAAGUACAUUGGACCACUAUCUAUGGGGAAAAACGCAGGUGUCUUUGUAGUUGAUUUGGAAGGAAAACCAGUUGCUCACUACCAUGAUCACAAAUUAUCUAUGGUUACAAGCGGAAUGAAGAUAGAAAAUCGUCUAUACUGUGGCUCUGUCAUCUAUCCUUACAUUGUCAGUCUCAAUCUGGAUCAACAUCCUGCUCGAGCCACUGUGUGAGCAAGAAAUUCUGCAAAGUAGUAUGCUCUGCUGCAAAUUUGCAAAUGGCAGGGAUAAAUCGUGGCUUGUGCUGUCAGUAUAUGGCUUUGUUUAGCUAUCUGUGAAUGGUAAAUACAUUACAGUUAACGAGCCAGAGAAUUACAAUGAGCAACUUUGAGAAAUUUUUAUUUUGCCA